UUCAGAUUAAUAUAUUUAAUUAUUUAGUUUUAUAGUAAUAAAACCAAGCAUGGACGAGCAGGAUGAAGCAUGUGUAAAACAACCAAUGACAGAUGGAGGAAUGUGUGUGCUUCAUCCUUCUGCUCCGAAGCUGGCAGAAAAUGUAGAAUGGGAUAAAGAUGAUCCAUUUUGUGCCUGGGUGACAUGGGAAGAAACUCCAUCUCAAGACGAAGAAAUGUAUAAAUUAUAUUGCUGGACAGAUGAAACCGAUAAGCGCGAAUUUGAAGCACACGGAAGACAAUAUCCUCUGACAAAAUUGAAGAAAGGUUCCACGUAUUUUGUCAAUGCAAUUCUAAUUAAUAAAGCAGGCUGCUCGAUUCCUUCCAAUAUCAUCAAAUUCGAAACUGGACCAGAGUGCCCUGUUAAUAUUCAGGUCAUGAAUUAUGAACCAUCACCUCAUGACCAUCUUAUGGUUCAGUUCGAUAAUGCAAAUACAAGACAAGUAGACCAUCUGGUAUCGGUUCAGCCCAUCAGUGGUAGUGAGAUAGCACUCAUCGAAACAAAAAAAGGGCAAAAUUUUGCAUUGAUAGAAGGACUUACACCUGGACAAUUUUAUAACAUUCAAGUGGCAGCAGUAGUUGGUGAUCUCAAGAGCGAUUUUGCAAAUUUCCCCAGAAUGAUUCAGACAUAUCCUGAAAUUCCGGUAGAUGUAAAAACAGAAGAAUUUUAUGAUGGGCUGAAACUUUCAUGGAAGCACAACGAAAUCAGACCAAAGAAUUACAGAAUAUUUUGGGCAGCAAACUGGGACAUGCAGGAAGUGAUUGAAACUAAAGAGGACUAUUUCUAUUUCAACAAAUUGAAAAGAUCUACGAUUUACAAGUUCAGAGUGGCAGCUUUAAACGCUGCAGGGGAAAGUGAGAAAAGUGCAGAAAUUGAAUAUGUUACAGUUCCCUCUGCUCCUAUCAACAUCAAGGUCACACCAAACCCUCAAUCUAAAGCAAGGAGUUUUAUCGUGAAGUAUGAUGAUCCUGACACGGUGCUUAAAAAGACAUAUCGGAUUGUGGCAAAUGAUAUAAAAGGGAAAGAAGCAGCGACAAUAGAGACCGAAACUCACACUGCAGUGCUGAGUGAGCUUCAACCAGGCCAAUCUUACUACAUUUAUGUAGUUGCUAUUUAUGGAACUCUAGAAAGUCAAAAAGCUCACUUUGUCAAAAACUAAAAAUGAAUUGAUAACCUACCUUCACAUAAACAGUUUUAUUAUGAUGCAUGUAUCCGCCACCAUUGUGAUAUCAGUAACCCCUCUAUAAACUUCCCUAUUUAUUGUAUUUAAAAAUUACUUGAUCCAACCAUUAUGCGAAACUGGAAUAACCAUGUCCGGGAGGAUAAAUUUAAUGGGUCACAUGUUUGAAAAGCUGUUGCCAAAUAUUAGAUGAUGACCCCUGGUCCCACCUAUUCAAUAAUACAAUAAAUUGGAUUAUCUAUGCCUCACUAAGAACUUUAUAAACCAUUUCAAAACUAUACCACUUAUUAUAGUCAUAACUAGGUCAAUAUGCAAGAAUGCUAAAAAAUGAAAAAUAGGACUGAAAUAAUGAUAAAUAAAAACAGCUUCUUAUAAAAGAAAAUGACUUGUUAAAAUUGUGGAUUUGUGUAAUACAUAAAUAAAUAUGUGAUCGUUUGUGAAUUAUUCUUUCUUGUUACACUCCUGGGAAUUCAUAUAUCACAGUAAAAACCACAUACUGGUAGCUUCAUGUAUUUUUUCAUCAUACUUUUUCCAAUAAUGUUCCUUGUGAGUUUUAAAUAAAACUACUAUUUUAGAGGGCCAUUUUACAGCUAUUCUUGCACCUUAUUGUUACAAUGAAAAUAUGCCAAUUCAAAAAUUAACCUUUGACAAUUAUCUUAUUCAAAUUGUCUACAAUAAUAAUUUGCCAAAACAAUAUGGCCAAAGAUAAGUGAUACAUUAAAUGGAAAUUACUGAUUUUUAAAUGCACUUUUUUGCUCAAAUACUCUAUAUAAUCUAGCAAGAUAUAUUAAUAUGAGUAAUAUUAG